CCAAGCGUCCAUUGGUGAGCUCAGGGCGAGCCAUGAUCCGCUCCACACCCAACAAAACGCCCAAAUUUCGGUGCCUCUACUUUCGUGUAAAAUAGGAGUCUCCCUAAUCAAGUCCCAGUUUCAACUUUCCACUCUUUCUUUUUCACUUUUCCCUGAUGAACUUUGAUUUCUCUUUCCAUGGCCCAUUUAGAAAUUCUGCCACUUCAAGGGCCACAAUAAUGGCAAUCCAUUUCCCUUUAGAACCCACUUCUUAGUUCUUGCUCUACACGCGUCCCAGUUUUCAGAAGCUCUCACAGCCUGCUCGAAGAAAAUGGGCUCUGGAAAUGCCCUCACUGUGGUGGCCAAGAAUUUUGAUGUCUUUGCUGGGCCCCUGGUUGCUCUCGUUUAUCCUCUGUACGCCUCAAUUAAGGCUAUAGAGACCAAGUCUCGAACCGAUGAUCAGCAAUGGCUUACCUACUGGGUCCUGUAUUCUUUGAUCACACUGUUUGAGCUUACAUUUGCCAAAGUCCUUGAAUGGUUCCCGAUUUGGCCUUAUGUUAAGCUGAUCGCUACAUGCUGGUUGGUGCUACCUCAAUUCAACGGAGCAGCGUAUGUUUAUGGGAACUUUGUUAGACCUUUCUACCAGAAUCCACAAACUGCUAACAUCUGGUAUAUACCCCGGAAAAAGAACAUUUUCCGGAAGCCAGAUGAUGUUCUAUCUGUAGCAGAGAAAUACAUAGAGGAGAAUGGAACUGAAGCGUUUGAAAAGCUCAUAACCAAGAUGACUUGGUGUCUUAAAUGCAGGCUAAUAAAAUGCAGGCUAAUAGAGAGUCAAGAGCCAGGAGGAGUAACUACAUGGUGUUUGAAGAUGACUACACAUAUUGAGAUGUUAUCCUACAAUGAGUUGUCCCUUUCACUUGCUGUCUAUUCCUUUCCCCACAUCGAUGUGAGUGUUGAGAUGCUGUGUACUAUUUCAUGUUUUGGUGUCAAAGUAUAGAUUCAGUUGCCCCCUUGUUCCUACUGCGACGCUCUCUCGACGGAAGUGGUUUUGGUUUUGGUGAUUGUUUGGAGAACUCAAUCUCUUCUCUUAGUUCAUGUUAUUUGUUUUCAGCUUUGCCCAAAUCACUGCUUUUUUUAGCUCUUUCUCUGAGCCCCCUUUCCAAACUAUUAUUUCUUCUUGUC